AUGGCUACAGGAACGGUCGACCCUUCGGCCCCUAAGGACGUACAGGGGACCUCGACCCCUCCCGGAGACAUCGACACGGGGUCAAGUAAUGUUCACGAGAAAGAAAAACAGAUGGUGGCCGCUAUUCGCCCGCCGCAUCAACGACAUCUAAGUCCUUUCGUCAUCACCGAGCGGCCGGAGGAAAAACAACUAGGCGUGUCUACCCGCACCUUGACAGUUGAUGACUUCGCACUCCUGAAAACCCUCGGGACUGGCACUUUCGCUCGAGUAUGGCUAGUGAGAUUGAAGGAUGAGAUACGACAGAGAGAUAAAGUGUAUGCACUCAAAAUACUACGAAAGGCGGAUGUGAUCAAAUUGAAGCAGGUCGAACAUGUUCGCAAUGAGCGCAAGACUCUUUCGGCCGUUGCCGGCCACCCUUUCAUAACGACACUGAUAGCCUCCUUUUCCGACGACCAAAGUUUAUACAUGUUGUUACCUUCGCGCGCGCGCCGGUUUAACGAAAACACCGCUAAAUUCUAUGCGGCCGAGAUAACUCUUACUAUCGAAUUCCUUCACGAUGUAGAGGGGAUUGUUUAUCGCGACCUGAAGCCUGAAAAUAUUCUUCUGGAUGCCGAGGGGCACAUUAGGCUUGUCGACUUUGGCUUUGCAAAGAAAGUCGAGAAUCGGGAAACUUAUACCCUUUGCGGCACGCCAGAGUAUCUGGCCCCUGAGGUCAUUCAUAACAGUGGCCAUGGCCUUGCAGUUGACUGGUGGGCCCUGGGUAUUCUGAUUUACGAGUUUCUCGUGGGGCAGCCGCCCUUCUGGGACCAGAAUCCCAUGCGUAUAUACGAACAGAUCGUCGAAGGCCGCAUACGAUUUCCUCAAAAUAUGUCACCGGCGGCCCAGAAUAUCAUAUCUUUACUUUGCAAGACCAAUCCGACGGAGCGCCUAGGGUACAUAUCUGGAGGGUCUGCCAGAGUCAAGUCACAUCCAUUCUUUGGAGACAUACAAUGGGAUGAUUUGUUUUACCGCCGUAUCAAAGGGCCCAUCAUCCCAAGGGUCGACCACCCUGCAGACACCGGUAACUUCGAAGAGUACCCCGAUCCGGACGUGAGAAGUCAGAAUGUUUAUACCGAUGAUCUGAGGAAAAAAUACGAGCCUUUGUUUAGCGACUUCUAA